GACUCCGCUGGUUUUGUGUAUGAGAACAAGCUCGCGAUGGCCACACGCUGGGGAAUAUGCAGUGCGGGCAAAAUUAGUCACGACUUCUCGGUUGCUUUACGGACCCUGAAUCCCGGUGACCACGAGAUAUUGGCUGUCGCAGCAAGGGACCUGCACCAUGCCAAAGAAUUUGCCAAAAAGCACAAUAUCCCUCGAACAUAUGGCAGUUAUGAUGAGUUGGCAAAAGAUCCAGACAUCGAUGUGGUGUACAUUGGCAACAUCCACCCUCAUCACCUGACUACUGGCAAACUUUUCAUGAAGUCCAAUAAGAAUGUGCUCAUUGAGAAGCCUCUGGCCAUGAAUUCAAGGGAGGUGCAGGAACUCAUUGCUACAGCUGAAGAAAACACAGUCUUUCUCAUGGAGGCAGUUUGGACACGAUUCUUUCCCGUAUCUCGAGAAGUGAGGAGACUUCUAGCCCAGAGGGAGCUGGGUGAUGUUCAGAUGGUGAGGGCUGAUCUGGGGGCUCCACUUACCCACAUUCCUCGCUUGGCUGAGAGGAAGCUGGGAGGAGGCGCACUGCUGGACCUGGGCAUCUACUGUCUGCAGUUUGUACUGAUGGUUUUCAAUGGAGAGAAGCCCAAGUCCAUCCAAGCCACGGGCCAUUGCAUAGACACAGGUGUUGAUGGAACAGCGGUUUUGGUCCUUAAGUUCUCCGGAAACAGACUGGCCAUUUGCACGUGUUCGAUCACCAUGAUGCUGACUUGUGAUGCGGUUAUCACUGGGACCAAAGGCACGAUUAAGGUACCUGACCAUAUGUGGUGCCCUACAACCUUGGAAGUGAAUGGGAAGGGGACGCUGUUCCCCCUCCCAGAGCCCGGCAUGCCACUAAACUUCACCAACAGCACCGGGCUACGGUAUGAAGCCGAUGAGGUGCGCCACUGUCUGCUGCAAGGGCUAAAGGAGAGUCCAGGAAUGCCGUGGGCUCACUCCAGCAUAUUGGCAGAAAUGAUGGAUGAGGCCAGAAGACAACUGGGAGUGACGUAUGAUCAGGACAACAUCCAGUGACGGGUUCUCAGGGACGUUGUCGGGAUCACGUCUAAGGAGCAGUCUUGAAACUUCACCAUCCCGAUCUGUGUCCUUUUGAAAGUCAGGUCAAAUAGGAUCAUUGUUUUUGUGGACCCAUUUGAUGGCGACCAGCCAGCAUAGGACCCUAAAACCAAAGCUGCUGCUGUGACGUGUCAUAAUGCCGUCUAUAUGAAAGGCUAGUCCCUUGAUGUUUUCUUAUAAUAAUAAACACGUGAAAAUCUA